AUGGCAAAGUCAACCACCCUAGCCUCUGGCAAAGAAAUGCCCCUCGUAGGCUUCGGCCUAUGGAAAGUCCCCAAAGAGACAGCUGCGGAUACAGUAUACAACGCAAUCAAAGCCGGAUACAGACUAUUCGACGGUGCAUAUGACUACCAAAACGAAAAAGAAGCCGGCGAAGGCAUCCAACGCGCCAUCGCCGACGGCCUCGUAACCCGUGCCAAAAUCUUCAUCACAACAAAGCUAUGGAACAACUACCACCGCCACGAACAUGCCAUCGAAAUGGCCAAGAAACAAAAUGAGUCCUGGGGUCUAGGAUACAUUGACCUAUUCCUAAUGCACUUCCCCUGCGCGCUGAAGUACAUCGACCCGGCAGUGAGAGAGUAUCCCGCAUGGUGGAUGGAUGACACAGGCACCGUCACCCCAGACAACGUCCCGAUCCGCGAAACCUGGGAAGCAAUGGAAACACUCGUUGACAGCGGGAUCGCACACAGCAUCGGCGUGAGCAAUUUCCAAGCGCAGAGUCUAUACGAUAUAAAGACGUAUGCGCGUCAUCCCAUCUCCGCUCUGCAGGUCGAGCACCACCCCUACCUGGUGCAGUCUGAGCUUAUCCAGAUGGCGCAGGAGAAUGGGAUUGCCGUGACGGCAUACUCGAGUUUCGGGCCUCAGUCAUUUGUUGAGUUGCCGCCGGCGUUUUCGAAGAGGGCGCGGGGGAUCCCGCUGCUUUUUGAGGCGGGGCCUGUUAGGGUUGUUGCAGAGAAGUAUGGUGUUUCGGCUGCGAGGGUUUUGUUGAGGUGGGCUACGCAACGGGGUAUUGCUGUUAUUCCCAAGUCGAAUGAUCGGACUCGUCUUGCUGAGAACUUGGAUGUGCUGGGAUUUGAUAUGACGGAUGAGGAGAUUGAGGCUAUUUCGGGUUUGGAUAGGGGUCUGCGGUUUAACGAUCCUGGGUUUUACUUGUCUAACUACCCUCUUCGGAUUUUUGCUUGA